AUGAUAAACGUCCUUCCACUUGCGCUCGCUGGUAUGCUUGCUGCAGCUGUCAACUCGACUCCGUUCAAUCACAAAAGACAAGACGGACAGCAAGUUAUCUUUCGCAGCGAUCUCAAGCAAGGGGAAGGCCAAUCGCCUGAGUUCAAAAACGUCUUUUUGGGUCACGCGAAAACAAAUGUUACCGGCCAAUAUGACAUCACUUUUGUAGACCAGGCCGAGAAGGCCAACGCCGACAGAGGAGUUGUCGAAUCGCACGGUAUCCCUCUCGGCGUCGGAAACAUGACCCUCUAUAUCAACAUGGGCACCGACAAGGCAAAUCCAACCGGUCCACAGCCCGUCACUCUGGGCACGACGCAGCAGAGCGCAGGUUGGUUCUACACCGUAGCUGGCGAGUUGAAAUCCGCUUCCAGCGUUCCUCAAUGGGAUACUUGGAUCAUCUGCGAAGGCGAUCAAGGUUAUCCACGACUGUACUGGGUUGGGGUCGUUGACUUGUCGGUGCACAUUCCGGAGUACUGUAGCGCUGUGAGACUGUAUGCCGACAAUGUUUAG